GUUCACGCUUAAUGGCGGCGCAAGGUGCUUCCAUCUUGGGAGUGGCGGGUUCUGCAGUCACAAAAGAAAGAUCCUGAAAAAUGCCCGCGAACCUCAGGCGGGAUUGGGGGCAGGGGUGGGAGGAGGAGGAAAAAAAAAAGGAUGAGCACGUGACUCUAAAGUAACCUCCCCCGCCAUCCUACUGCGCGACUCUGCCCCAUCCCCUGUUGGGACCAGCCCUCCGCUCAGCAUCAGCCAAUGAGAGCAGUGGUGCAGAACGCGGGCGGUUUCCUUGGGAGCGCCGGAGGGAGGAGGGGAGGAGGUUACCUAGCAACCGGGAGAUGCUGCGAGGCCCCGCCAAGCGGUCGGAAAGUGCAUUUCCAGAGCCCGAGGAACCAGAGCUGACGGAUUGCGAACAGGAGCGAUUACUAGUCGCCCCCCUACCCCUCAGGGGUCUUUGGCCCCAACCCAAUCAUGACGUCUCCCCUGUGCCGGGCGGCCUCCGCCAACGCCCUGCCUUCUCAGGAUCAGAUUUCGACCUCUUCCAAGGCCAAGGGCACUAUUAAGGCUGAGGCCAAGCACCGCCACCCUAGAGGCAAAGGCGCCGCACAGGCUUGGCCUCCACUCCAUUCCAAGAAGGGACCUGUUUAUGCCAGCCGGGGGAAGUCCGCUGUGCACACGCAGGUGGCUGAGUUACAGAGGAAAAUACAACUGUUAGAGGGUGACCGGAAGGCUUUUUAUGAGAGUAGCCAGUGGAACAUCAAGAAAAAUCAGGAAACCAUCAACCAGCUACGUGAGCAGACCAGGGUGCUGCAACUACAGCUGACGGACCUGCUCCAGGGAGAUGAGAAAGUGGUCCAGGCAGUAAUUCGGGAAUGGAAGUCAGAGAAGCCAUACCUGAAGAACAGGACAGGCCAGCAGGCCCUGGAGCACCUGGACCAUCAGCUGAGUGACAAGGUGAAGCAGCUCAACGCUCUGCGGCACCAGGUGGCAUUGCGGCAGAAAUGGCUGGAGGAGCUCCAGCUGCAGCACAGCUUGCGUGAGCUAGAGAUUGCCGAGGCGCAAGAUGGCAACUCAGAGGUGGCUAAGACCUUGCGGAACCUGGAGAACCGUCUGGAGAAGGCCCGGAUGAAGGCGGAGGAGGCAGAACACAUCACCAAUGUAUACCUACAACUCAAGGCCUAUCUACAGGAAGAGAGCCUUCACUUGGAGAACCGUCUGGAUUUUAUGGAGGCUGAGGUGGUGAAGACAAAACAUGAGCUGGAGGAACUUCAUGUGGUGAACCAAGAGGCACUCAACGCCCGGGACAUUGCCAAGAACCAGCUGCAGUAUCUGGAGGAGACCGUGUUCCGAGAGCGCAAGAAGCGUGAGCGCUACAUAACUGAGUGCAAGAAGCGUGCAGAGGAGAAGAAAGUGCAGAACGAACGCAUGGAACGCAAGACCCAGCGUGAGCACUUGCUGCUGCAGUCGGAUGAUACGAUCCAGGACAGCCUACGCACAAAGGAGGAGGAGCUGCAGCGGCGCUGGAGCAUGUACCAGAUGGAGGUGCUCUUCGGCAAGGUCAAGGACGCCACCGGCGUGGCCGAAACGCAUGCGGUGGUGCGACGGUUCCUGGCGCAGGGUGACACCUUCACGCAGUUAGAGACGCUCAAGAGCGAGAAUGAGCAGACACUGCUGAGGCUGAAGCAAGAGAAGCAGCGGCUGCAGCGGGAGCUUGAAAACCUGAAGUAUUCGGGGGAGGCCACAUUAGUGAGCGAACAGAAGCUGCAGUCGGAGUUGCAGCAGCGCCUCAAGGCAGAGGAGCAGCGGCAGGCUGAGGCCCAGAGCCAGCUGGAACGGGUCACACGGGCAUUGGAAAUACUGAAGGAGGGCCUGGAGCACCUGGCCAGCAAGCUGGACCGAGUCACAGUGACUGGCCUCGCCCCAGAUGAAGCCCUGCCCAGUAUCUCCCAGGACUUAAGAGGAGGCGCAGCCCCUCAGGUGGGGUUCCUGCCUGGUAGCCCACUGGAGGGAACACACCCUAUGCCCUGUUCAGGACGUCAGGGGCCCUCCUACAGGGGAGUCCCUACCUCACAACCCUUGGGGGAACCCCCUUAUUCCUUAAGCAGCCCAGUACUUCAGAGACCCUGUUCUGCCUCAAGUCCUGUCCCCAGGGGACAGUCCCACCUUGCACCCCCCCCCCAAACAAACAAAGAAACGAAAACCCAGGGAAAACUGCCCACGUAUAACACCCGCAUCGCCCUACCCCUUACUAGUCCCAAGGACAAGUUCUUCGACGAAGAGGAGACUGAAGACGAAGACAACGACGUGGUGACUCGCGCGGAGCUCAAGAUCCGUUCCCAGAAAUUAAUUGAAUCCCGCAGCAAGAGGCGCAAACGCUCACGGAGGCCCUAGACUCACCCUCACGCUCAUCUGUCGCCUCCCGGCCCCUUCGGAGCUCCUGACCCCUCUGGGCCCAGCUGCUGGCCCUCGGGGGCCCCUUCAAGGGAUGAAUGCGGCCCGAACAGGGAAGCAGAGCGGGCCAGCUGUGCCCGGAGUGGAGAAGAGGGCUGGGCUGCCAGACAUUCCCACAGUAAAUAUCCCCAGGCGGCCGCGCCGGCCUUGGAAUCACGCAAUAAAGGUCACCGAGUAGC